CCAACCCACUUUCUCCACCAUUUCUCUUUACAUCUGCCCCUCAAACCGAAACCGCCAUUAACACACACAGCUCCCAACAGUCAGUCAUAUUUCUCUUUACCCGUUUUUUUCUUUUUUCUUUUUUAAUUCCCUAUUGAAAAUCCUUAGCUUUGCUUACUCACCUAAUCUACUAUAUUAUUAUUAACUACCUACAAAUAAGGGGAAAAAAGUCCUUUUUUUUGGUUUUUAUUUUGGGUUUAUUACAAAUUCACUUUUUUUAUAAUUUUGUAUACCCAUUUUGAUCUGUAACCUCAAAUCAUUUCUGGGUGUUGGAGAUUUCAUUGUGGUACAGUCGCGUUUGUCCAUUGAAGGAUUGAGAUUGGGGUAUCAUCUUCUCGGAUCCGUUUACCGACCUGCUUUAUAUAUGGGCUGAGAUAUACAUUUCAUGGGAGGCGCAAAGGAUGAUGAGCCACCCUCAAAACGUGUGAAAGUAUCAUUUGGGGAAUCAGCAGAUCAUUCGAACGGCACAUUUCUUAAGGAUCCUGCAAGUUGCUCAUUGAGUGAGUCUAUGGCUCGUCCUCUAGCCGCUCAAGGGGACGACGAGAUUGUUGGUACAAAAGGAGUAGUCAAGAAAGUUGAAUUUGUUCGAAUCAUAGCCGAUGCAUUAUAUUCUCUUGGCUAUAAGAAGACGGGAGCGUUUCUAGAGGAAGAGUCGGGGAUACCUUUGCACUCCUCUCAAGUACAUUUAUUCAUGCAGCAAAUCCUUGAUGGGAGAUGGGACGAAAGUGUAGCCACAUUACGUAAAAUCGGUCUCGUGGAUGAAAAAAUUGUGAAGUUAGCGUCUUUUGUGAUACUGGAACAGAAGUUCUUUGAACUGUUAGACAGAGAAGAAGUCAUGGAUGCUUUGAAGACAUUGAGGACUGAGAUUGCGCCUCUUUGUGUAAACAGCGAUAGAGUCCAUGAGCUUUCGUUGUUCAUUAUAUCACCUUCUGGUGUAUCAUCAGGUCAAGAUAUAGUGAAAACGAAGUCAAGGACAAAGUUACUAGAGGAAUUACAAAGGCUGCUUCCCCCAACCGCCAUGAUUCCUGAAAAAAGAUUGAUCCAUCUUGUUGAACAGGCGCUUGAAUUGCAAGUAGAGGCUUGUCUAUUUCACAACUCAUUAGUCAGUGAAAUGUCAUUGCUCACUGAUCACCAUUGUGGAAGAGAUCAGCUUCCAUCUCAAACUUUGCAGAUAUUACAAGAACACAAAGAUGAAGUCUGGUUUUUGCAGUUUUCUCAUAAUGGGAAGUACUUAGCCUCAUCAUCUGCUGAUUGUUCGGUGAUUAUAUGGGAGGUGAAGUUGGACGGGAAGUUCUGCCUGAAGCAUCGAUUUUAUGGUCACCAGAAACCUGUGUCCUAUAUGUCGUGGGGACCUGAUGACCGUCAUCUUCUCACUUGUGGAGUAGAGGAGUUCGUUAGACGAUGGGAUGUAGACUCCGGCAAAUGUAUACGUAUUUACCGGAAAAACGGUGUUGGUUUGGUCUCAUGUGGAUGGGCUCCCGAUGGCAAAAGGAUAUUUUGCGGUUUUACUGACAAAAGCAUUAGCAUGUGGGAUCUUGAAGGGAAAGAGCUGGAGUGUUGGAAAGGCCAUCGGAUUAGUAGGAUAGCAGAUUUGGGAAUUACUAGUGACGGGAAACACAUGGUCUCUGUUUGUAAAGACAAUAUGAUACUAUUAUUUGAAUUGGAAUCAAAAGCAGAGCGAAUAAUUCAGGAGGAUCAAACAAUAACAUCAUUUGAAUUAUCCGCAGACAAUAGAUAUGUAUUGGUAAGUCUUUGGAACCAAGAAAUUCAUCUUUGGUAUAUAGAGGGAAGUGUAAAACUUGUAGCCAAAUAUAAGGGGCAUAAACGUUCUCGCUUCGUUGUACGGUCUUGCUUUGGUGGACUUGAUCAAUCUUUCAUUGCCAGUGGGAGUGAGGAUUCACAGGUAUAUAUAUGGCACAAAUGCUCACAAGCACUCCUCGCGACGUUGGCUGGACAUUCUGGGACUGUCAACUGUGUUAGUUGGAACCCAGCAAAUCCUCACAUGCUGGCAUCAGCAAGUGAUGAUCGGACUAUUCGCAUAUGGGGCUUGAAUCAAGCAAACAUGAAGCACAAUGGCAAUGGCGCUAUUAGUAAUGGUGUGCACUACUGCAACUGCGGAACUUGAAAACAUCUCAAGAUUUCUUUCCUUGACCAUUUGCUUGUUUUGUACAUUCUUUUAUAUCAUCAAGUUAUAACAUUUGUGGUAAACAAGAAAGUGCAAUUUGCAUUCAGUCCAACAAUAAAAGCAUGAACUUUUCCAUUUCUA